AUGGCAACGCGCAAUGGAACUCAAAAUACACGAAAUGGUUUGGGCGAUUCUCAUAUUCCGGAUGCUACUACGAGCACCACCUUCCAUAUGGCUAUGCGUGUUCUUGAGUCGGAGGUGCAACUAUCGGAUGUGGAUCACAAGUCUGCUGUUAUAUCAGUACAGGCACCAUCAUAUCAGCUACGACAGGUGACCAUCUCUGGAUGUCCUGGCGACAUUGUUACUGUAUCGGAGACACGCCAGCCAGCUGGUGCAAACGCAGCUGCCAAUAAAUUCUUCCUCGUCAAGUUGAACAUCAAGUCAGCUGCGUUGUGGUCAGAUCUGUCCGAGAAAUGUUCGGUAACGAUUGAGAAUGGCGUGACAGGACAAACCGUCCACAUUCCUGUUCGAAUUCGAAUAGUUGGUCAAGCAGCUAAACAGGUCUACAAUGCAUUGGACAGCGCAGGUUUCCUCGAUUUUCUUUUGAUAUUCCUCCAACACUACUCGUGGAUAAUCCCCUCAUUAAUGUGGAUUUGUGCUCUGGGAGUGAUUACCAUCGCUGUGUAUUGGUUCAUUCGGAGACGAGUAUGGGAGAAAGAAGGUACCUUCAACGAUAACAGCACUUUACGUUCACCAUCGUCGUCGAUGUUGAGCCGCCCCUCUAUAUCUGUACAAAGCUCACCA